UCUAUUGAGAGCCUGCCCACUGUUUUUGGAAGUAAUCCCAAGGCCCAUAUUGCAGCAAAGACUGUGUUUCACUUGGCCCAUCGCCAUGGUGACAUUCUGCGGGAGGGCUGGAAAAACAUCAUGGAGGCCAUGCUACAGCUUUUCCGAGCAGAGCUGCUGCCCAAGGCCAUGGUGGAGGUUGAAGACUUCGUGGAUCCUAAUGGUAAAAUCUAUCUGCAACGUGAGGAGACACCAUCUAACCGUGGUGAAUCUUCAGUGCUGAGUUUUGUUAGUUGGCUCACCCUCAGUGGGACGGAGCAAUCUGGUGUGAGGGGUCCAUCUACAGAAACACAGGAGGCAAAGCGAACAGCUCUGGAAUGCAUAAAGCACUGUGAUCCUGAGAAGUUGAUCACAGAAAGCAAAUUCCUCCAGCUUGAAUCCCUCCAGGAGCUUAUGAAGGCUCUAAUCUCUGUAACUCCUGAUGAGGACACAUAUGAUGAAGAGGAUGCUGCCUUCUGCUUGGAGAUGCUUCUGAGGAUUGUGCUAGAGAAUAGGGACCGUGUGACCUGUGUCUGGCAAACUGUGCGAGACCACCUCUAUCAUCUCUGUGUCCAUGCGAUGGAGUUCUGCUUCUUGGUGGAGAGGGCAGUGGUGGGGCUGCUGAGACUAGCAAUUCGGCUUCUUCGUCGGGAAGAAAUCAGUGCGCAGGUUCUCCUCUCAUUACGUAUCCUGCUCAUGAUGAAGCCAAAUGUGCUGUCCAGAGUUAGCCAUGAGGUUGCUUAUGGCCUCCAUGAACUCCUGAAGACCAAUGCUGCCAACAUUCACUCUGGGGACGACUGGUACACGCUUUUCACCCUCCUGGAGUGUAUUGGGUCUGGGGUGAAGCCGCCUGCAGCCCUGCAGGUUACAGCAAGGGCAGAUAACGACACAGGUGCUCAGUCAGACAGCGAGGUCUCUUCCUCCUGUCAUCCAAGUGACAUGAGCCUGGACCGUGGCUACACCUCUGAUUCAGAGGUGUACACAGACCAUGGGAAGCCAGGCAAGAUGCAUCGCUCAGUGACAGAUGUGGAUGUCAUGAACAGUGGCUGGCUAGUGGUGGGGAAAGAUGACAUCGACACCUCCAGAUCCACUGCUGGGCUCAGCAGGCUGGGGCCGUCUCCUCUUGUCAACCAGUACAGCCUGACAGUGGGGCUGGAUUUGGGCCCACAUGACACAAAGUCUCUCAUGAAGUGCGUAGAGUCUUUGUCCUUCAUUGUGCGAGAUGCUGCCCACGUUACACCUGAGAACUUCGAGCUCUGUGUCAAAACCAUCCGCAUCUUUGUGGAGGCGAGCUUGAAUGGGGGCUACAAGUCCCAGGAGAAGAGAGGGAAGAGCCACAGGUAUGACAGUAAAUCCAGUCGGUUAAAAAAAAAGCCAAAGGAGAGCUCCACACGGCGAUCACGGGUCUUGAGCCAGCACCAGGCACACACUCACAGUGAUGAGGAUGAGGAUGAGAGCAUCCCUGCCAGCUACCACACUGUGUCUUUACAGGUUAGUCAGGACCUCCUGGACCUCAUGCAUACCUUGCACACACGAGCAGCCAGCAUCUACAGCUCCUGGGCAGAGGAGCAACGCCAUCUAGAGACACCGGGGAGGAAAAUUGAAGCAGAUUCCCGAACACUGUGGUCCAACUGCUGGUGUCCUUUGCUACAGGGUAUUGCCUGGCUGUGCUGUGAUGCCCGACGCCCCGUACGGAUGCAAGCACUCACUUACUUGCAGCGGGCCCUCCUGGUACAUGACCUGCAGGCCCUGGAUGCCCUAGAAUGGGAGUCCUGCUUCAACAAGGUGCUGUUCCCUCUGCUAACCAAGCUCCUCGAGAACAUCAGCCCAGCUGAUAUUGGUGGGAUGGAAGAAACUAGGAUGAGAGCCUCAACACUGCUCUCCAAGGUGUUCCUACAGCAUCUCUCCCCACUGCUCUCACUGACCACUUUUGCUGCCCUGUGGCUAACAAUCCUGGACUUUAUGGAUAAAUACUUGUAUGCUGGCUCCAGUGAUUUACUGCUGGAGGCCAUCCCAGAGUCUCUGAAGAAUAUGCUGCUUGUAAUGGAUACAGCUGGGAUAUUCCACAGUGCUGACUCGCGGACGGGCUACUCAGAUCUCUGGGAGAUCACCUGGGAGAGGAUUGACUGUUUCUUACCUAGGCUGCGGGAUGAGCUUUUCAAACAGACAGUCAUCCAAGAUCCUGUCCCCAGCAUACCGAUGGAGCAGCAGCAUCAGAAAUCAAUAGUGUCUGCCCUGCCCACCUCUCCUGCAGGGGAUGUGAGACCAGCUACCCACCUGACUCCUUUGGAGAAGCCCUGUGAGCUGGGUGCAAGUGAGUCAGAGAGAACCACUGCACCUGCCUCACCCACCAUCAGCACCUCUGCCUCUACUUCUUUCCCAGUAUCAGCUCCAACAAAGACAAGCCCUGUUACAGACAUACCUCCUACGACCGCACAGCCGCCACUCAUCCUGCAGCCUCUUGCCUCUCCCCUGCAGGUUGGGGUGCCACCUAUGACUCUGCCAAUCAUUCUCAACCCAGCCCUAAUUGAAGCCACCUCUCCUGUUCCCCUCUUAGCUACUCCACGGCCUACUGACCCCAUGGCAACCUCUGAAGUCAAUUAGUUUGAGGGUGUCUGAGAACUUUCUGCUGAGGAAGCUCUGUGGGUGGAGGAUGCUGGCCAAAUGUUCUCUGGUAGCGGGCGUGUUUGUUUUAAAAGAUGAUGCUAACCUGAGCAGAAGGGCUGCUGCCACAAUCCCCCUGGAGCACGUCAUGUUCUGCUCCCUUCUUGUGGCAACCACCUAGAAAUUUGCCUAGAAAUCCUUGUCUUCUUGGAGGGGUGCCUAGUUCCCCUGACCAGUCUCCUUCCUGCCUUCACAAUCUCAGGGGCCAGGCAACACCCACACCCAGCAGCCUGGGACCAAGCUGCCACGAGUUCAUCUGGUGAAGAGGGAAAACUACUUUCAUGUCACACCAGAGAGGGGCUGCAGUACAGGACUGCCUCUC